AUGGGCGUGAUACUUCCAGACGAUGGUAAGCAAUCGGGAGGCCAACCAAAUAGAAGGGCUAAAGUCCUGAGCCGAUUUUUACCACCAGAACAUCAAAGACCUUCAAUCGGCCUCUUCCUGGGACCUUUUACUCCAGCAGCUGAUAAUGAGAUUGCCCUGUGGACUUGCAUUGGCGCUCAGCUCUUUAGUGGGCUGGCAUUGCUUAGAAUGAGCCGAAGAUUUGUUUUUUCGCCCGAUCAAUCUGUAAGAAGGUUUCUCUUUAAGACUUUUCAUAAUGUGGUAGGUGCAGCCCUGAUAUUUGGGAGCGGAUUAGAAGGGACUAGGAUGCUUCUACCUGAGGAUCCUUGGAAAGAAGAAGCUAGAAAAGCAAGAAUAUUGGCCCAAUUGAAAGGUGAGCCCGUUAGUUGGUGGUAUGGACCCAAGAGUUUUAUUCCUUCUGGAAGGUUAGAAUACACAAAACAGAUGCAGUUUCACAACUUUGAAGUCAUGCAUAAAUCACCCGAAAAAAUAGCCCGAGCUCUCAUGAUUAAGGACAAACUCAAGGAGGAAACAAAUACCCUUUAUUCGUCCAUUCAUGAGAAAGCGGAACAACAGACUAUUCGACUCUCUAAAGAUCUACAGAACAACGUUCCCCUCAAAGGGGUAACGUCAUAUGUUCCUCAAUUUAGCACUUCAAAUACGGACACCAAGUUAUAUUUGAAAAAUGUUAGCUUGAAGACCCAUGCCGACCUGGAAAAGGUCUGGGCAGAACACAAUCCUUGGGACAUCCUGGAAGAGAAAAUUUCUCCAAUUUCCGUAAUUGCACUGCCAAAGUUUAACCCAAUUAUAUCUGAGGUUGAACCUGACAAGCAGCAACCAUCUACGGGUGAUAUCAAAUACAUUAGUGACAGAAAAUAA